CUUGUGCGGGACCACCUCCUUUCUGCCGGCGGCGGACACCGCGCCCGCUUUUUUGAACUUCCGAGCGAGGCCCCGGCUGGGACCAGUUGGGCGCAGGAGAUCUGGAUUAUAGCCGAGCGUGCGGUAGCAGCAGCUUCUUGCUUUGGGGGUGGCUGGCCGGGAGGAGAGCGCAGGACCGAGGCGCCUGUUGACCUGCGGGCUUUCUCGUGCAGCGGUGCCGCCGCGCGGAGCCUUUUUGCAUGCUAUGGAUCACACGCUCUUCGGCUGCCUGCGCAGCCCGCACCAUGCCCCCGGCCAGGGCUUGCACCCUUUCUCGCAGUCCGCUCUCGCCCUGCACGGCCGCUCGGAUCACAUGUCCUACCCGGAGCUCUCAGCUUCGUCCUCUUCUUGCUUCAUAGCGGGAUAUCCCAACGAGGAGGGCAUGUUUGGUAGCCAGCAUCACAAGGGGCACCAUCACCAUCACCACCACCACCACCAACAGCAGCAGCAGCAGCACCAGCCGUUGCAGACGAACUGGCACAUUCCGCAGAUGGCUUCCCCGCCACCGCUUCCCCCUCCUCCCUCCGCCUCGGCCAGGCACAGCCUGUGCCUCCAGCCCGACUCAGGAGGACCCCCGGAGCUGGGCAGUAGCCCCCCGGGACUGUGCUCGAACUCAUCCAGCCUGGGGACCAGCACCCCGACGGGGGCGGCGUGCGCUCCGGGAGAUUAUGGCAGGCAGGCGCUGUCCCCAGUGGAAACGGAGAAGAGAGCUGGCAAACGGAAAAGCGAUAGCUCAGAUUCUCAAGAGGGAAAUUAUAAAUCAGAAGUCAACAGUAAACCAAGGAAGGAAAGAACAGCUUUCACCAAAGAGCAAAUCAGAGAAUUAGAAGCAGAAUUUGCCCACCACAACUACCUCACCAGGCUGCGGAGAUAUGAGAUAGCAGUAAACCUGGAUCUUACUGAAAGACAGGUAAAAGUUUGGUUCCAGAACAGACGGAUGAAAUGGAAGCGGGUAAAAGGAGGGCAGCAGGGAGCCGCUGCCCGAGAAAAGGAACUGGUGAACGUGAAAAAGGGCACACUCCUUCCCUCAGAGUUGUCUGGCAUUGGGGCAGCCAGCCUCCAGCACACAGGGGACUCACUAGCAAACGACGACAGCCACGACAGCGACCACAGCUCUGAGCAUGCACACUUAUGAUAGAACAUGAAGGCCUUGCAGCUCCGUUCUCAGGAAAGACAUGCUAACACAGCAAGCCUUACACAAACAGCAUUAAUGUAUGCAAGUGACUCUCUGGCAAUUAAAAACAAAACCUUGGACUUAUGGCAUCUCCUAUUCUUGAAUUUUUAUUUUUUUAAAAUGAAUUCAGUAAGUGCCACACCUUAAAGUUGCCUUGUGAACAGAAGCAGAAGACAAACUUGCUUUUGAACAUUCCAGAUUUAUCUCAUUUCGAUGACAAUGGGCAGGUAUUUUUGCUUUAGCUUGCACUGAAAAAAUGCCAUUGCUCUCAACAAAUUUAAUAUUCUAAUAAAUAAAUAACACAAUGCCAACAGAAACAUGGUCAAGAGGGGUAAGAAAUGUAUUUUAACUCUGUAUAUAUCUACUUUAUGGCAUUUUUACUUUUCACUCAUUUUUAGCAAUGCAUUCAUAUUAGCUGAUGGCAAUAGUCACUCAUGAGAAUAAAUGGCUUUUUUUUUGUCUCUCUAUUUUUGUUUUGUGUCCCAGAGAUAUAUACAUGCAGACAAUUGUGUCCAGACAGUGAAUUAUAUAAAAGAGUCUGCUGGGGAAAGUCCUUCAACCAUAGACAAAACAAAUCUUAUGUUGCAUUUACUAUCAACUGCUGCUAAUAGGAAAUUAUUAAACCUUGCUCUUCAAAUGUUCUUACCUUAUAACGGCAAAGGUUUUUUUAAAAAAUAGAAUCAUGCCUGUCAGGAAAACAUGAACCACUGAUUCAUUUUUAGAAUUUAUUACCACAAACCUUUUUAUAUAUGUUUGACAACUUGGCUCACUGCAGCUUCUGGCCACAAUUCAUUUCCUUCAGAGUAGCCCUGAUAAAUUCAGCAGAACUGCCUCAAAUCAAUUGGGUUGUGGAUAGCAGCUUGUGUUAUAAAUUGGAAACUGUUUUACCUACAGCAGUGGUUCCCAACCUUUAUGAGCACGGGACCCCCUUUAUAAGCUGAAAAAAAAUCAUGACCCCCUCCCCCCAGGGAGGCAGGCUGGCUGCCAGGAAGGAAGGGGGAAAGCAGCCUUUCUGCGCAGCCUUGCUUCUUUUUGCUUCACAAAAAGCCCUCUCCUCUCAUUCUAAGUAAGGGUGUUGCCAGUAGCGGCAGUGCAAGGAGAUGGGAAUCAGUGAUAGUAAUCCCCUCUUCUUCCUGGUAGCCCCACCCUCAGCCUCCUUUGGCAUCUGCCUUGUAUUUUAUAGGCAGAUGCCUGCCCUUAGUGCACCUGAAAGACACUCUGGUGCUUCAGCAAAAGGCCUCCCCUCUCGUUUGGAGCAAGGGGGAGGUGUCACCUGCAGCGGCAGUGGAAAGCAGACAGUGUAGAAGGAGUGAAGACUUCUUUAAAAAAAUUAAUAAAUAAUUCAUUUCUUUACUGUUCACGGCCCCCUCUGGAUUACUUUGCGGCCCCCCUGGGGGUCCCGGCCCCCAGGUUGGGAACCACUGACCUACAGUAAUGUCAUAAUAUACAGGCAUUAUAAUGCAGUGUUAACUGCCUCCAUUAAUGGUCAGAAUUUAUUCAAGAUAGCUCUGUAUACAAAAUGCAAACAUCAAGGCAUUUUUAAUCUUCCACGCUUUUGUGUACAUAUAGUGAAGUAAUAAAACCAAAAAUUACACAAACAUUGAUUGUACUU